AUAGAAAUUUCUUUUGAACUUGCCAGUGGGGAUUUUUUACUCAGUACAGUUUUGAAGUGUUGUUAAGUCGUUAGUUUUUAAGAUUUGUUUUUAGAAGUCGUAGAAUUUGUUAUUGCUUUAGUUUUUAAGUGUAGUAUUGAGUAACAUCGAAAAUGAAAAGGGCCCGAGAAGAUGAUGAAUAUGACGAUUUUUGCAACGGACUGCAGUCCAAUGACGGCACCAGCGCUUCGCCUUCACCGAGACACCGCAUAAAGCGCCCCAAAGUGAACCCCAAUUACGAGACAAUCAAGUACCACUUUGGGGCCUCGUCCGUUUCAUACAAAAGCAUACAUUACACCGACCCUGCGUUUCUAAAGAUCAAGGAUUUAAUAGAUUUUAAGCCAUUAGUGAUCGACGAGCUUAUUGAAGUCAACAAUCCAGUCCUUGACAUUGCGUACGAGAUGAAAAAAUGCGAGAAAAAGUACGCUUUUGGGAAGGUUAAUGAAGCUCUGCUUUUCCAUGGUACCCGAAUGGAGAACGUCGAAAGUAUUUGCACUUAUAAUUUCGACUGGAGGCUUUUUGGGAGCAACAGGGGCCACAAAUUCGGCAAAGGAGUGAAUUUCUCCCCAAGUGCCAAGUACGCAAGCAAUUACUCAGAUCCUCGCAGUUACUCUAAAGUUAUGAUUGUUGCUAAAGUACUGAUAGGUAAUAUUUGCCAAGGGGACCAAGACAUGUCACUGCCGCCUCCUGGGUAUGAUACAAGUCAAAAAGACCAAAAAGCGAGCGUAAUUGUAAAGUAUGAGGAUAAUGAGUUCUAUCCAUAUUACAUUCUUCAUUACCAUUUACGUGAAAAAUACAGAGGUAAAAAUCAUUAUCGUUAUGAUUACAAUUACAAAAAUCGUUAUAAUGUGGACAGAAGGCGUUAUGACAAUCUGUACCAAAGUUAUAAAGAUCGUUAUGGUAACUGCCGUUAUGACUAUUAUCGUUAUGACAAUUAUCAUUAUAACAACUAUCGUUAUGACACAAAUUAUUACUAUAGCGAUCGCUAUGAUGCAACUGUUCAAACCAGGUAUUUUUAAUUUUUUUUGAGUUUGUUGUAGCCUUUUUCAAGUUUUUUCUAGUUAUAACCAAAGAAUUGUUAAAUUUAGUGUUAAUGAUUUAUCUAUGUUCCUAAAAACGCAGCGGUAUUAUUGUAACAAAUCUAGUUUUGUGUGCAAUUGAUAAAAUAAUGCUGUGAAGUAGCCUUUUAAGACUAAAACUAUUUACUUUGAAAAUGUGACACAAAUGUUACCUACUUUUAUAAAACUUAGUGUAAGGUUCAAUAUUGCAAUCUAAAAUUAUAUGUAGUUUUGUUUAUGUUCUUUGUUUUUGUAUGCAUUCUUUAUUCUAUGUUCAUAUUUACUUUUCUAUUAAAUAUU